CCAGGUGAACAGGCGGCCACGGAAACUCGCGUCAUGGUAACGCCGGCAAUCAAAUCGUUAUUUAUUUUCCAAAGCGCGGCUUUCGUUCGCUUAAUUAGUCUGAGAUUGGCCUUUGAAACUUGAUAAGCCGAUUUAGGGUAAAAAACAGCAGCAGCAAGAUGGGCAAAAAGGGUAAAGGCAAAGGCAACAAGUUGGCCAAAAUGUCCGAGGAGGAACGCGCCCGGUAUCUACAGAUGCGGGCCGACCAGGAGGAGGAGACGAGGCGCCGCAAGAUGCAGCUCAUUUCCAUGUACAUGAAGAACAAACUGAAAAGGGAGGAUGCCUUUGGACGGUUGAACAUGGCCAAGAUAAACCAAGAGUGGCGCAGCAUUUUGCGGCAGGUUAAAAUCCAGGAGCUGCGUCGUGAAAUCGUCGAUGUGGAGACCUUCUUCCAGGAGGCCCUGAAACGCAAAGACCAGGUUAUCCAUCGACUAAUUGCUCAUAUUGAAUCCACCGAGGAUAUGUACGCCAAUCUGCAGCAAUCGCAUAUGGAAAAUAUUACUAAAAUUGUUGACACCCAUCGUGAACGCAUCGAGUUCCUUCGAAGGAUCUACGAGGACGACAAACAGGCGGUGCUGAGCGAGUGGGAGCAGGACUCUGCCGGCUUCAAGGAUAUGCACGCCCAGAAGCAGCAGCAGCUCGAGUGCGUCUUUUACCAGUUGGAGGAGACCACCGACACCGGGAUCCGAGACAACCACGAGCGCUUUUUGGACCGCUGCGAGGACUUAAAGAGCGGGAUGCAACUGCAGUUGGAACAGAUCACCUCUAGGGGAGAGGCCAGGCUGGAGAAGCUAUGGCAGGAGUACCAGUCCGUGCUUGCCGGCUAUUGCCAGCACAUCGAGGGCUUCUAUUCGGAAUAUGUGGACCUCAAGCAGCGGGAUGAGGAGGCAGCCCUUCAGAUCAGCCAGCAAACCCACGAAAUCGAGCAUUUAGUGGACCAACUGGCCAAUCUGCGCCUAGUGUCCGAGGAAUUCUACAACAAGCAACAGGGUCAAGUGGAGCAGCGGCAGUCCAUCAAGCAGCAGUUAACGGAAAGACUCCAAGAGCUGCGCACCUGCGUGGAGGACGAGAUGGCCAGAGAUCAUCAGUCCUUCAAGCUUAUGUCCGUGGAGAGCUACAAUGCUCUGGAGUUUCUCCAAGAGACGGUGGGCAAGGGGGAGAUACUAAUUCAGCUCUCCGCCGUUUGUGCCAAGAUGGAAACAGAGCGGGAGCGAAUGUUCCAGCUGCCUGAGAUUUCUCGUGAGAUUAUAGAGAUACGGGAAAUGGAUGAUCAACAGGCUGGAGUGUCAAGUGAUCCGGCUACUGAUCUCUUGAAGGACGAGGUGGGUGUGGUGCCUCAAAUGGACACCUUCUGGCGGCGGGUAAACAAUGUGGCCGUGGAUGUGGCCUGUCUGAAGCAGCAAAAGCGUCGCCUGGAGUCAGAGAAUGCCCAGCUGAAGGCUCAACUGCAGGAUUAUCUGGUCAAUCUGAAUAUCGCCAACGGCUCCAACAGCCACAUCCACCAAUAUCUGGCCCGGCGGCCCAAAAGCAUGUCCGUGGACCGAGUGUCGCGAUUGCAGCUUCAGCCCAAGCAGGUGAGGAGCGCCCUGCCCACAGGUCGUCGUCCUCAGGCGCCCACUCCGCCCACAUUUCAUUUGCAUUCUGGGCGCAGCAGAGUGCCUGCCUUCGAGGCUAAUUUUACGAAUGUUGUGCGCUCGAGGACCUUAGUCAGGGGCAGGGUGGAGCUGGCCAGGAUGGACUGAGA